AUGACACAGUAUUUUGAAAAUUUUGAUGAAUUUCUUAAAGAAAUAGAUCUGGAAAAUUAUGCUUCGUUUGUAAAAGAAAAUGUUUCAAAUGAGGCCAAAAAAUAUGAUGAGAAUAUUUGUGCUCAGGAUUUGAGAAAUUUAGCCAAGUGUUUACCGAGGGUGUCGGGUGUUUGGUAUGAUUUGCAUAAAAAUAGUUGGGAAGCUAGAUGGACUGAUAGAGGGAAAUCAGCAAGAAAAUAUUACUCUGUUCAGAAAUUUGGAUUUCAUGAAGCAAGGAAGUUAGCCAUAAAAACGAUUCAGACAAAAGAAAUUAAUUAUUUAUGUAAUAGCAUAAAUGAGAAUUAUGAUAGACCAUUAAAAUGGAAUUUAACUAGUGAUUUUUUAGAAAUUACUCGCGAUCCAACCAUUAACUUGAAAAAAAAAUCUAGAUCUAAAAAUUGUCGAAUCAAAGCAAAAAAGGGUACAGAAAAAAACACGCUCUUAAUAAAAUCAACUAGUAAUAAUAAUAAUAAUAAUAUGAAUGGUAAAUGUAGUGAUAAUGAAAAUAAAAACGAAAAGAAAAAUGAAAAUGAAAACGAAAAUGAAAACGAAAAUGAAAACGAUAUUGGAUAUAUUUAUGAUAAUAUUAAUAGUAAGAAAACGAAAUAUGAAAGAAAAUGUAUCCAUACAACAAAUAGUAAAAAAAAAAACACAAAUGAUAUUCUUAAAAUAAAGUACUAUGAGGAUUUUCAAAACGAAAAUAUAUCUCAGGAAAAUGAUGAAAAGAAAAGAAGUAUUGGAAAAAAGACUUGUGAUAAUUUUUCUCUUAAAAGCAUAGAAAACAUUAAAUAUUCGUACGAAGAAAAUUUUGAAGAAAAUAAUAAUAGGGAAGAAAAUUUGAAUUUGUUUACUUCAAUAGAAACUGAAAAAAAUGGAACAAAUGGAAGCAGCUAUAUUUUUAUAAGUGAUUCCGGAUCAUAUAGUAAUAAAAAAGAGAAUGACAAAUCAGACUAUCCUCAUCACAUAGAUAUAGAUAAUCGGAGUAAUAGAAAGAACAAUAAAAGUGAAAGAUUAAAUGAGAAAUAUCUAAAUGAAAAUAAUUAUAGUGAUGAAUGGAAUUAUAUGAACGAUACUCAUUUAAAUAAUAUUUUUAAUAUUAAAAGAAUGGAUAACGGAAAUAACGUAAAUGAAUAUAAAAAAGAUGAUGAUAGCAAUGGUUCUGAAGAUAAAUUAAUACAAAAUAUAAUAAACAAAUGUGAUGAUAAUAAUGAUGAAGAUGAUGUUGACGAUGAUGCUAGUGGUGAUGGUAAUCAUAAUCAUAAUCGUAAUAAUAAACGUAACGGUGAUAAUGAAGACGAUGAUGAUGAUGAUGAUGAUGAUGAUGUGUGUAUUAUUAAAAACGUCAAAGAUUCUCACAAGAAUGAACAAUUAUAUUAUAAUAAAAAAUAUAAUCAAGGCACCAAGGAAUUCCCAUAUGAAGAAAUUUCCAAUUAUAUGUUCAAUCAACAAAAUGUCUUUUCUAAAGAAGAUUUUUAUAAUAAACAAAUAAAUCUUUUAAAAUAUUACAUGAAAAAAGAUAACGAUGAGAUUCAUGAAAAUAAAAUGGGGACAUGUAACGAAUUUAAUUCGAUGAGGAAUUUUCAAAUGGCACAGAAUUGGAGCUCAAAUGAAGCCCACAACUGUGUGCUUAAUGAUUUUACAUGUAAUUCACAUAUGCAUAACGAACAUAUGAGUGAUGGUUAUAUGAAUAACGAUAAUAUGAACAAUGAAUAUAUGUAUAAUAGCUGUGAGAAGAAAAGUAGUAUAAAUAAUGAAUAUAUAAGAAGUUACUGUAAAGAGAAUAAUUGUAAGAAAGAUUUCUAUGGGAAGAAUAGUUAUAGAAAUAGUUUUUGUAUGAACAAUAAAUGUAUGAACGACAUAUGUCUGGGGGGAAAUUGUGAGAAUAAAUUUUGUAUGAACAAAUGUUGUAUGAACAAAUGUUGUAUGAAUAGAUGUUGUAUGAAUAAAUAUUGUAUGAAUAAAUAUUGUAUGAAUAAAUAUUGUACGAAUAAAUAUUGUACGAAUAAAUAUUGUAUGGAUAAAUAUUGUGUGGAUAAAUAUUGUAUGGAUAAAUAUUGUGUGGAUAAAUAUUGUGUGGAUAAAUAUUGUAUGGAUAAAUAUUGUGUGGAUAAAUAUUGUAUGGAUAAAUAUUGUGUGGAUAAAUAUUGUGUGGAUAAAUAUUGUGUGGAUAAAUAUUGUAUUCACAAUACUUGUAUGGACUAUCGUUGUAUGAAUAAUGUUUGUAUGCACAAUAAUUGCAUACUUCAUAAUUAUGUUAGAAAUAAUUGUAGUUGUAUAAAAAACACUAUGAAUAAUAUGAAUGAUAUGAAUGAUUCAUCAUAUCAGAUAUUCGAUGAGAACAAGAUGCUUUCUUUUUAUGAAGACUUGAAAAAUAUUGGCCUUAACAAAUUAAAUGCUAAUAAUUCUUUCCUAUUAAAUGAUGCUAUUUGUAAGGUAUCUGAUAGUAGUAAUAGUAAUAACUAUUAUAACAAUAACAAUUUUUGUACAUCUUAUAAAAAUGAUUCUUAUAGUUUUAGUAAUAUUUUCAAUAUUAUUCAAAAAAACACUGACGAUUUUUUAAGGAAAAAAAAAGAAAGGAACAUGUUCACGGAACAUAAUGCUUGUAACAAUAUUUUGCGUCUGUUGACUAGUCAGAUAAAUAGAAAAGAUUAUUCUCCAAACGGAGAAAUGGAAGAUAGACAUGAAGAACAUAAAACCGGAGAAGCAAAAGAAGAUAUGGAAGAUAGUAAAUGUAAAGAAGUUACAGGAAGGUAUUAUAAAUAUAAUGAAUUAGAAGGAGAAGAAGAGGAGGAAGAUGGAAAGAGUAAACAAUCUGAAGAUAAAGAAGAGGAAAAAAAUAAAAAAGAACAUAAAGAAAAGAAAAAUAAUAUAUGUGACGAAUCAGAAUAUGGACAAGAAGAUUAUAACUGUGGCAAAUUGGAAAGGGAAGAAAAAAAGGGAGAGGACAAAAUUGAUGAAUCAAAAUAUGAAGAGUAUAAAUAUGAAAAAUUAGAAAGAAGAAGGGAAUAUAAAGAUGAAAAAGAAAAAUCAAAUGAAGAAAAUAAAUCAAAUGAAGAAAAUAUAGUAAAUGAAGAGAACACAUCAAAUGAAAAAAAUAUAUUAAAUGAAAAAAAUAUAUUAAAUGAAAAAAAUAUAUUAAAUGAAAAAAAUAUAUUAAAUGAAAAAAAUAUAUUAAAUGAAGAGAACACAUUAAAUGAAGAGAACACAUCAAAUGAAGAGAACAAAUCAAAUGAAGAGAACAAAUCAAAUGAAGAGAACAAAUCAAAUGAAGAGAAUACAUCAAAUGAAGAGAACAAAUCAAUUGAAAAGAAUGUAUCAAAUGAAGAAUCAGAUGAGCAUAAUCCAAUAAAACAACCUUUCAUAAUACAUAAUUCACUAGAUUCUUUAAAUUCACCAGACAAUUUGCUUAUUUACAAGAAUGCAAUUGUUUUACUUUUAAAUGACAUAAAAUUAAAAUGCUUACCACAAUUAGGUAAACAAUUUUCAGAUGUAGGGAGAAUAAUUGAUAAUUAUUUAAUUUAUGUGAAUUCUGUUCUUAAUGAAAACUUUUUAUGCACAUUUGUAAAUUUAUUUGACAUGUGUGUAACAAACAAUACUUUGCCUAGCCAAAUGGACACAAAGAUACAACAUAUUUUUUGUAAUGCCUUAAUAGCUUUCCAUGUUGUAUUUCUGAACCUUUUGCAUAACAAUAAUAAUCAUCUCCUUGAUAAUUAA